UCCGGGCCAGGCUUCAGGAAGAGUGAGUGUCUUAGGUCCCAGGAGCAUCUUCUGUGUCUCAUUCCACCAUGAAGCUUACCGCCACCUUUCUAGUAUUCUGUGUGGCUCUGCUCAGUGACUCUGCUUCUUCUCUUUACCUACCAGUCUGAUGGCUUAUUCCAUCAAGGGCCAGCCCUGGAUUGACACCACCCAUCCCAUCUGUUCUCAAGCUGGUUAAUGUCCCCUCAAUCGGCAAGGCACAGUGUUGCUUUCUUCGUGGAUUCACUGUCCAAAUUUGCGGCAGAACCUGUGGCUGCCGUUCCUCCAGCUGCAGAUGCUGUGGCAGGGGCUGUGCCUAGCCUACCAUUAAGCCACUUGGCCAUCCUGAGGAUCAUUCUGGCCAGCCUGGGCAUCCCACUGGAUCCUCUCAUAGAGGGUUCCAGGAAGUGUGUCACCGAGCUGGGCCCUGAAGCUGUAGGAGCUGUGAAGUCACUGCUGGGGGCCCUGACAAUGUUUGGCUGAGGUGAACCUGGAAAUUUUCUGCCUGACAAGAUGUUAUUCUUCAACAGGAGCUGGAAACCCUGCUGCUCAUGCCUUUCCUCUCUCUACCUUAAUAAACACAGCUAGAACAGC